AUGGCGGCCAACUCAAAUGCAGACUUUUGGCGUUGUAUCAACCUACUCAAACUACAGCUGCAGUCUUUGGAUAGAAUAGAUACCAUGCAGAAAUCAAGUGAUGAAGUUGACGAAAAAAGUAUUGUAAAACCUAAGACGUUAUCCAGGUAGGGACUUUCUCUGGAAGAAAAAAGUUUCGUUGAAAGUUCUGUAAGUCGAUAAGAGACAGCAUGUAAACUUAAACGACUUUGGAGAAAUUCUACCAAGACACUUUAGAUUGACCCCUUCCAAAGAUCUACUUCACUUUCUGUAAUAAACAUUCUCCAUAAAAAUUCUCUCGUGAUUUAUUUAGCAUCGCACAUCAGUGUCAACAAGGACGUUGCUGGGGUUUUGAUGGUAAUUUUUCAGAAAGUUAUCCUGGUACAAAUAUUUAUUUCAGAAAACCAGUGUGUUUAAUUAAAAACAAAAUUAUAAGAUUUACCCGUAAAUCAAGUGAUUUAUUACUUUUACCUUAUUAUGUGAUUUGCUGUUUUUUUUUUUAUCUGUAGAGAUGAAGCCAUCACCAAACUAGAAGAAAUUAUUCUGACGAUAGUUGAAGAUAUCUCUCAAAAUAAACCUCCUUCUCUGAAAUAUAACUGCAGAAAUUCGUGGAAGAACACAAGGUUAGUUGAUACUUUAUAUAGUGUACAGUGAUAAUGAUGAUAAUAGCAGUAGUUUUAAAAUUAAUAAUUAUUCUAAUAAUUACAAGAUAAUCCUGAUGGUUGAAAAUGAUAUAAAUACUAAUGAUAAUGGUAUUAAUAAAGACAACCAAACCUAGAUAUGUUAAUCUCUAUUUUGAACCAAGGAAACAGUUCCAUGACAUGGGGAUAAACUGAGUAAAAUGAAUAAAGACACAUUUUGAAUAUUUUACAGGUUUAACAGUGCAGUUGGAAUUGAAAUGAUUGAUGAUGUCAGCCUGACAGAACACAGAUUUGAUUCCAUAGCAUCAAUUGGAAAGUUUGGUAACACAAGAGUAUGAUUUGUUAAGAUCCAAAUGUUAUAGUUCAGCAAAUAAAUGAAAGAAGGAUGUUAAUAAGGAGGAGGAGGGAAGAUUUAUAGAAGGAAGGGUUGAGAGGAAAAGGACUGAAAAAGAAAAGGUGCAGGGGUGGGAAAAUGGCCUUAACCCUUUAACUCCCAGAAGUGAUUAACAUGAAACUUCUCCCUACAGUAUCCAUACAUUAUUCAGCAAACAGGUAAUGAGAGUAUUCAAACUUAUCAGGUAGAAGCUGCUAUCUUGAUCUAGCACCAUGUUCUCAUAACUAAUUUACAAGGAAAUGUGUAGCAGUUAGAGGAGAGAAUUAACAAAUAAGAUCUUGGGAGUUAAAGGGUUAAACUGUAUUUGCAGAUAGAAUGUGCAGGGGGGAAAAGUAUGUCUUAUGUCUCAUGUCUUAUGGAUGUUCUCUGAACCUGAUACACAUUUGAUGCAAUUCCGAAGUAAAUGAGUGGCAGUUUUCAUAGACUACUCUGUAUCUGAACAUGGUAUAUAAAAUAUCGUAGUCCAAUUAAUGUGUAAAGAUAGCAAGGAACAGAGGUCAUUUAAGAAAAGUGACAGGACUUAGCUUCAAGAGUGCUGACAGGCUUUGUUAUUUUUAAAUCCUGUUGAGUUGUCUCUAAUCCUUUGGUCACUAGAUAAAAAUGUAGAACAAGACUGAGUGUUGAAAGAGAUCUCCUAAUUGUGUUUCUUUUCAAACUUAGCUGCAACACUAAGAGUCAUGGCAUUUUGCUACACCCUUCUCCAACAAGAUACAUAUGCAACAAAACGGUCAGUCUUGUAAGAUCUAAGUGCCUGCUAAAUAUUUUUUGUGUCAUUCAUAUUUAUUUGGUUCAUUUUACCUAAAGACAUACAUUAGGCAUUAUGAAUAUAAAUAUUUUUUCCUUUUUGCUUUGUUUGUAUUCAUUUUUUGUCUGUAGUUUGCUUAUCUGAAUUAGUUAACUUAACUCUUAUUUAUGUUUUUAGUUUGAACCUACCACUAGCUGUUGCUCUCUAAAAUAAAAUUAUUUCAAGUUGGAAAGAUGUUUUUGCUGUUACGAGUCAAUUAUACGACAUUUUUGAGCCAAUACCAGUCAUAAACUACUCUUGAAAGGUUAUAAGUGAGAUCUGAUUAAUCAAUCCUCUAUUGCAACUUUUAACUUAUCUGCAGAGAUAUCUAUUACACUGAUGUUCCAUUCUUUGGAAAUCAGAGUGUUGUGGAUUCAAUCAUUGACAACAUUGCAUGCAUGCUGAAAGUGCCAAGACACUGUUUACAUGUGGUGAGCUAGUUCAAAUGUGCAACUGGAAGCUGUUUUAUAACUUACUGUUAACUUUUUUAUCAUAGAAAUGUGUCCUUGUUGGCAAUCAGUGGCCAUAUGAUUCUGCUUUCACUCCAGAUUUAGUUGUCAUUAGUGUCAGUUUGUUGUAAAUUGUGGUCAGUAAUUGGUAAGUUAGGUCAGUCUCUGUCCAAGUUAUAUAUGCUCUCAGAAAAUCGAAAUAAGUCAGAACCAAACUAAACCACACAGCAGGUUGAUUGUACUGACCAACCAUAUAACAGUAAGUGUAACACAAUAGCGUAGGCAAAGAUGAACAGCACAAGAAUCAAACAGUUCUCAACAAGUGCAAAGGUUGGUGCUAAUUGGGAAAGUAAAAAGACAAUCCUUAGUUAUUUUAGAAACAACUGAGCUCAGCUCUUGCUAUACAAUGUACCAGCAACCUGUGAGAAUUACAGGAUUGAAACAUGGUUUGUAUCUGAUACACACUAAAUGUUGGUAAUUGUAAACCAGAUGUAACCACACUUUCUUUUUUCUUAUAAACUGAAUCAUUACAAGAGACGCAUCAAAAUGUAACCGCUAGAUUUCUUUUCCUUUUAUUUAGCUGGCUGCAUCUAAAGGUAAGCCCUGUUUCUUGUUUUCAAACAGUAGAUGGUUACAGCAAAGGAAGUUUGUGUUUUAAUGAUAUAAGGAAGAUACUUUUUAGAGAGUGCCUUCUGUAAAUGUUUCUCACUUUUUAACAACCUCACUGGUUGCAAUCCAAAGGACAGCGUGCUUCAAGAUGGGUUGAGUUAGUUUCCUUUAAAUGUUGAACUUGUCUCACCACAAAGUUGUCAGAUAGGGCAGUUGAAAAGACAGACAAUAUUACACGUAGUAACCUAAUGAAAUCAAAGAAAGGCCGAGCAAUACCUAAUUUGAAAGAAAAUAUUACCUGACGAAGAUUCGAGAUGACCCAAACAACCUGUUCGUUUUACUCUUGCCUUUAUAGUUCAUGGACAGGUUGUUUUGUACGAAUUGUCCAGGUAAGAAACGACUGUGGGUACGAAACGUUUAGAUACCAACCCCUUUUUUGCUAUCCAUAGUCUUUAUCUUUGACCAUAGGUUGUAUUGCUGGAGACCUGAGAUACAGAGAACACGAUGGAUCAUAUGUAGAUUGCAACGAUAGUAACUCGGUUUGGCCUCCGUUUGAUUUUUUUUCUUUCUUUCUUUUUGGCGUUUAUGUUACAUGUUUUUGGAGUUAUAUACAAUGACCACCUGCGCUUUUCUAGGGACUGAAAUACGGUAGCUACAAGAACUGGGUGGAUACAAAGGUGGAUUUUAAUAGCGUGACUUGUUUAAAAGAGUGAUUGGUAGUUGAUAAGAAAAACCUUUGCCUGCCGCAGCACGAAUCUUUGAUAAGCCGCCGUAUAUCAACAAGGAAUGACAUUACAGGCACACGGCAUGUCGUUGUAGUUCCCGGUGGAGAACAAAUAGACGGAACAUGGAAUAUCAACAUGAGCUUGAAAAGUGCAACGCAGGAUUGGUUUAAUCAAAACUUUCGCGAGAACGGAAGCGAUCUGAAACACUUUUUGAGAUUUUCCCUAGGAAAAGGCCUCAAAGGCUGAUUUGGUCUUUGGUAUAAUCAUCUCUUAUUUUUGUCAUCGGAAGUGAUCAGAGCAUGGAGGAACGGCGGUUAAUGUUGACGCACAGUGUUGUAUAUUUUGCACGCUCAUUAGAAUACGUGUUCACGAAUAAUCUAACCUUUCGAGAAUAGUCGUCACAUGUGCUAAUGAAUCGAAUAUGGACGUAACAAUUUUCGAAAAGAGCUAAGUAACAAAGCCACAAACUGCUAUGGUUGCCACCAAAAAAUCAGUGACCGUAAAUACUCUUUUAAAUGUGUUGCUUUUAAAUGUUCAAACAGAUUGUGAGGAGAUGGAAUAAAGAGAAGUGAGACUUUCUGAGCUCACAGGCAAGCGGCUAGGUUGCUAGGCAAGAUUAAAAAUGGCGGCAAUUUCAAAUAUAUUGUUUAAAUUAUAUUCUUUGUCUAGUGUAACUUUCAAAUUUGUUUAAAUCAUUGUCAUCAUUGUCAGGGAACAAUGGUGUCAUCUCACGUGCAGGGAAUUUACAGUAUCCUUGUAAAGCAAACUGAACGACGUAACAGUGUUGCAAUUUCUUGAUUCAACGUUAAGUUCCAUUGGGCAGCUACUAACGAAAUACUUAACAUUAAAUAUUUUCUACCGCACAGUACCGCCUAUUGGCUUAAAUUGAGUUCAUAUUCCCGCAGAACUUUUCGUACUGUGAAAACAGUAUUCAGGAAAUAGCCUACGUGUAGCCACACCCUUCCCCCAUUUGGGGGGAGGGAGGGUACGGCUACACGAUGGCUAUGACGUAAAGAUAGCUCUCGUUUGUAUGGUCUGGUCAAAGUUAAAGUUGUAUUGCCACAUUAAAGUACUUCUCCUUCUUAUCAAUUUAGUUUCACCUACAGAGCCGUAACCGAAAACGUAAAACAUAAGAACUUUGUCACAUAUUGCACCUCAUGAGGUGUUUUAUCUUAAAAUUGAACUUUUAGCUGCUUACGUAACAUAUCUGAUGACGAUACGCAAGACAGAAAUCCGAUCGGCUCCGUUACAUUUUGGGUUUUUUUCCUUAGCUAUCAACUGACUAGAUUUACAUUCCGAUGCCAAAUUUGUGUUAGUUGUUGAAAAAGAAGCCUCCUUCCAGCGGUUGAUGGACGACAAUGUAUUACAGAGGUUACACCCGUGUAUUAUCAUCACUGUAAGUACAAGUUUAGCUUCUUCGACCGGGUGCUUUUUCGAUUGAGUGUCUUAAAACCAGAACCAAAGUAAUCACACUACCCAAUCAAAAGAAGGGAAAAUAUCAAGAGGAACCAAUAAGAACCCAGAGGAAAAAAACAAAAGUCAACAGCCUAAAGCGCGGGAAAACGCAGGAAAACGCAGGCGACCAAGUCGUGAUUGGUUUUAGUUUUGCAUCUGUUUGGUUGAAACAGGCGUAAGUUUUCUAAGCCGAUCACGGUGUGAAGUAAAGCAAAACCAAAAACUACCUUUACGUUUUCAUAUCGGUCAAUAGUCCAUAAAAACUGAAAGCCCUGGACUAUGAUCAUCUGUGAUUUCCUCGACACAACUACACUUUUAUUCUGAGCUUAGACUGUUACGUCGUUUCCUUGUUCUUGGAUUCCUAGAUUUUUCUUCACACUACAAUUUAAGUAAUGAUGCUGUUUAAUUUGCUAAUUUCACUUCUGUUGAAUUAUUUUUGUAAGUAUGCUAUGUGAUUUGAAAUUUUAGGGCAAAGGUUUCCCAGAUGUGAAUACCCGUAUGAUGGUCCGUCGAUUGUGGUGCACUCUCCAGAUACCUAUCUUAGCUCUUGUGGAUGCAGACCCUCAUGGUGAGUGACAAUCCUCUUUCCUCUCUCUCUUGUGUUCUCCUGGAGCAGCAUACGCCUCAUUGAUGAAGGGUGAGGCGACGUAGCGUUAGCAAAACUUUCCCUAACCGGAUUUUUGUAUAUCUUUGUUGAGUGAAUAAGGAGCACGUGUCUACAGUUGAACCUAAGAAUACUCGAUCUAAAUUCUGAAUUCGGCCAAUUUUAUGCAGCAACUUCAAAGCAUAAAUCCAGCAUGGCGAGUUAAACACAGUCAACUUCGUCUUACUAUUGCCUCAACGAACAAGCUACGGCAAAGUAGUCACGGUAGGUUUUAUAAGGCCUAAUUAUCUAAUUAUCUUGGUAUACUCUCCAAUCGACGUAGCACUGCAGUUUCUUUAGAAACUUACCCUCUUUUUUUUGUCAGGCUGCAGCAAAUGCUACGAAGUACGUCGCCUGUGCGAUACCAUGCAGAAAUUAUGAUUUGUUUCCUUAAAAAAACCUUCAAGAGUUUAGUUCAUUUUCAUUUGCAGGUAUUGAGAUCCUCAGCGUAUACAAGUUUGGUUCAAAGGUACGCCCUGUUUAGUCAAACCAUUGACAAUUUUUGAUUAAUUGUGAGUAAAUUUCUUUCACUAACCAAUCAGUGGCCGCUGAAUUUUACAGGCCCUCUCGUUUGACGCACACAGCUUAACCGUUCCUGUUUUAAAGUGGCUCGGCGUGUUGCCAAGUGACAUCACCAGGUAUCAUUGUUUGAAAGAACGAUUUAUGCUGGGUAAUAAUUUGCAUUAUGUCGGUUAAACUUGGUCCAUGACGCAGACAAAUUCAGAGCGACGUUUAUCGUAGGAAGUACGGCGCAUCUGCCAGGUGCAAUGUAUGUUUAUGGGUCAGAUUGCUGUUCUAAAAUAGCUUAGUUUCGUAGCGUUUACCUUCCGAGCAAUGUCCGAGCGAGAUCUGGGAGUCUUUCGGUGAUGUCACUAUUCACGAAAGGGUCUAGUUUUGAGCGCGCCGAGAACGUCGAGGGCAAAGGUGGAGUUAUUCCACGUAGCCACAUUGAACAAAAUUAAGGAAAACGCGUGCACAGGUUCGUUAAGCUCGAACGUUAUCUUCACGUUAGAGUUCGGUUGCCGCAUAAUGUAAAAUUUACCAUCUUAUUCCAGGUUAUCUAUUCCGCAUGAUCAACUUAUACCGCUGACCGAACGAGACAAAUGCAAAGCACGUGAACUGCUUGACCGGCCCUACAUUCAGUCCCAAGAAGUCUGGAAACAAGAGGUAUGUGACGAAACGCCCCUUCACAGGCGUAACAAAUCGAUCGCGUCGUGAAUGAGACCGGAUCGUUGUAACCCAGAAUCGUUCGAGUUCCCACCUAGUCCCUUAACGUUCUCUCUCUUCACACACACACACAAAAAACAACAAACAAACGACCUCAUGUGACUGUUUUAUCACCGCUUAAUGCUGAAUACCGUCCUCAGACAUUCAAACAUUUUGGCAAGCUUUAAAUCGCGAGAUAACGCGAUUUUGAACGUGUUUAUACAAUAUCAAUGAUGGUUCAAAUCAGAGUUCAAAGGCCUUUGAAUAAAGUUGACGAAACGUUUUCUAGCUUUGUGUUUUCUCCUUCAAAUACUGGAUUAUUAUUUUUUUCAGAUUAAGACCAUGUUAUCGCUGGGAUUUAAGGCAGAGAUUCAAGCUCUUUCCUCCAUCUCCUUCAAUUUUCUUUCAGAGACUUAUCUCCCUGUUAAGAUCAAGCAUGGCCGAUGGAUCUGA